AUGUACUUGAUGCAUUCCUGGACGUUUUGUCGGCAACCUCAUUCAGUUCUGUCAGUCUUAACGCCAAGCUACAAUUCGUCAGAGAAACAAGGUCAACUAGCUGCUGUGUGGUGUUGGUUUGACCUCGUUUCCGCAAAUUGCUCGGCACGACAGGAAAGCCUCGUGGAAGACGCCGAGUCCUGUGUCCUCUGCCCUCAACAUUUCAUGAUGGUCUCCAGCCUCGGACCGUUGACUUGGUGCCGUCGCACACGCUUCACCGGCAUCAUCAACGCGACCGUCCGAGGCUGGAAGUCAUCAUGCAUUGUCGAGGGUAGGGCACACAGGACUCAGCACCUUCCACAAAGUCUCCUUAUCCGUCAGACCACUUGGAAAAAAACGAGGUCGAAGUAA